CUUGUCGGCCGUCUCGUACGUGUGGGAAAAAUAAAGCUGUGCGAAACGCAAUUUGUGUUUUGGGCUCAUUUUGAAAUGUGUGCAAAACGCAGCCUGUGGCACUCAUUUUUGGCACAUCGCGCCGGGGCGUUUGGCGGCGACGUCAUCACCGCGCGACGUCGGUGGCGCCGCUGUUGCUGCGCAGUCGCUCGUUUGGAAUUUUCCAACGGAGUCGCGAAAGUUGCCUUUGCGGCUUUGGACCGACAUUAGCGACGACGUCGGAACCGGUCCCGUGGCCCGAGCCGCCCGGAUCGCCUUUGCUCGCUCCUGCCUGCCGAUGGACUCCGCGAGAGGUUCGGUGGAAGGCUCGCUGCUGGCGGCCAGCAACGUCCCGGCCUUCCUCGGCAAGCUGUGGACUUUGGUGGAAGACCCCGACACGGACCCGCUCAUCUGCUGGAGCCCGAGCGGAACCAGCUUCCACGUGUACGAUCAGGGUCGCUUCUCCAAAGAGGUCCUGCCCAAGUUCUUCAAGCACAACAACAUGGCCAGCUUCAUUCGACAGCUCAACAUGUACGGCUUCCGCAAGGUGGUCCACAUGGAGCAAGGCGGCUUGCUGAAGCCCGAGAGAGACGACACGGAGUUCCAACACCCCUUCUUCGUCAGAGGCCAAGAGAGCUUGCUGGAGCACAUCAAACGCAAAGUCACCAACGUACGAACGCCGGCGAGACGAAAGCAGCUGGUGCAGUACACGCCCGUGCAGAUUUUCGAGCCGGUCGGCGAGGGCGGGGCUGACCUGCCGUCGCUCCUGGAGUUGGAGGCGGAGCCUUUCCUCGGCUCUGACCCGAGCGCCGGCUACGACUCUGACCUCUGA